GGAGUUAUAUCGCUGUGUUAACAAGCUGUCAUUGCGAUUAUUUCUGGGAUUCUUACACGUCUGGACGUUUGACCAGUAAAAACUUAAGUUCAGUUCUGGACUUAAGUGUGUACUUUAUCAACUGUGACACAAAGUGCUUGUUAGCGGCUGACAAGAAAAUACGAACUGUGUGACUUUUCGAGUGUAUUUUUCUUCGUGCAAGUGCUUGGUGUAGUUUGUUGUCGGUGCUAUAUCGUGCAGAGCUUCACUAUGUCCACUAUGAUGAACCUUCCCCCCGAGGUCUACGAGACCUACUGGGUCAGUGCAACAGAGGCGCUUGGUUUGAAAGAAGACACGGAAAUAGCGAAAGGCGGUUCUUGCCAGGUCGUUGUAGCUACAGAUGUAAACGACCCAGGCAAGAAAAAGGCUUUGAAAAGACUCAUGUUUCUUGAGGAUGAGCGCGAUUAUUAUAAGAAGCAUUUCUAUUUCUGCAAUGAGAUUCGAUUUCUCCAAAACGUACAACACCCCAACAUCAUCCAAGUUGAUAACGCGCUCUCAUGUCCAGGAGAAUUUGUCAUAGCGAUGGAAUACCACCCCACGGACCUCUUUGAAGCAAUGACUUGUCUCACGGACGUUGAGGUCACCAAGUACUUUACUCAGGUCGUCGACGCCUUGCUAUAUCUCCACGACCGGCACAUCGUUCACGGAGACGUCAAACUUGAAAACGUGUUGAUAGACACGCAAGGAAACGCUAAAUUAUGCGACUUCGGUCACGCUCAGCUCAUUCCCAACAAGAGUUCUGAACGUUGGGGUGGUACUCCCGAAUACCACGCUCCUGAGUACAUCAAAGGUCAACCCGUUGAGGAUGUUUUUAAACUCGAAAGCUUCUCUCUGGGAGUCUUUCUCUGUGCCUUGUCACUCUACGAAUACCCAGUCAAAGGCUUGGACUACCUGGAGUUAUUGAGAGGUGGCGAGUCUGUGCCAGACAUUCACAGAGUAUGCGCUGAACGCCUCCUGUGUCCCUCACCGGCAGAGCGAGCCUCGAUCUCGGAAAUUCAUCAACUUCUCAACGAUCACAGGUGGCCAGAGAGUCAUACCAAUAGUGACGUCAUCGACGAGUCUCCCGCCCCUGUGUCUGCGCCAAAACGUCGUAAAUGCUCUCACAUCAAAAAAGAAUGCAGAAAUCUGCAUUCUAGAGGGAAAGCACUGAUGAAGAAACUGAAAACCAAAAUCGUGUGUUGGCCCGAGAACCAACUUGACAUCAGUUUUCCUCAUUUCCAAGAGUUGUGA